AUGGGAUUGCUUCCAGGGCAUUGGCCACCACUCGAUAAACCACCACCAAUUACAGAAGACCAUAACAAACUUGUAGAUCUAUCAAAAGUUGCAAAGGCUCAACCUGAUACAUUAACUAACGUAAUGGCUGGUAAAUGUCCAAAUAAUGACCUAUAUUGUGAUUGGACUUGUACUAAUUGUAUCCGUAAUGAAACUGAUAUUGAUAAAUGUCCAAAUUCUGGUGAUUGGGGACUUACUCUUGAUGAUGGUCCGAGUGAAUAUACUCCUGCUGUUCUUGAUUAUUUAGAUGCAAAUAAUAUCAAAGUUACCUUUUUUGUUGUUGGUUCUCGAGUGGUUGAAAAUUAUGAAACCUUACAGAGAGCACAUAAAAGUGGUCACCAAAUUGGUGUACAUACUUGGUCUCAUCCAUAUCUCACCACUCAAUCCAAUAAUCAAAUAAUUGCUGAAUUGCAAUGGACUUCCGAUGCCAUAAAUGCUGCAAUAGGCGUCAGACCAAAAUAUAUGCGACCACCAUAUGGUGAUUACGACGAUCGAAUACGUGAUAUAGCCAAACAACUUGGUUAUAAAAUUGUGAUUUGGGAUAAGGAUACAAAUGAUUGGUUGUCUGAUGGAGACAAGUCAUUUAAUCUAAACUGGGUUGAGGGAAACUUUACUGAAUGGGUUAAAGAUCCAUCAAAAACUGGGCACAUUUCAUUAGAACACGAUUUAUAUAAAGAUGCCGCUGCUCAAGUUCCAUCUGUAAUUCCUAUUGUUAAAGGUGCUGGUUAUACUAUUAAACCAGUUGCAGAUUGUUUCGGUGAUAAUUAUUAUCAAACUAAUUCCACUCUUCCGCAACAAACUCCCACUACCGUUUCGGUGUCAUAUACGUCACUUACAUCAAGUUUAUCAUCACAAAGUACAUCGAGGCCUUCACAAAGUACAUCAAAACCUUCUCAACAAAAUCCAACCAAUAAUUCAUCAGUUUUAAGACCUAAGUAUUUUGAUUAUUCAUUAUGGUCAUUUAUUAUCGGUACAAUCUUAUUCUCUUGUGCUUUUCUUUUAAUAAACUGA